AUGUUCCUGUGUUGUGCGGCUGGGCCGGUGGUCAAGACCUUUAAAGUGUCGUCGGAGGCCAUCACACACCAGCGCACGCUCAGUUCGCUCAAUUCUGAUGUGUCCUCUGUCCGAUACAACCACAACGGAAGGAUCUUGGCGAGCAGCAGCGUGGAAGGCGGAAUUUGUCUGAAUGUGGCUUCAUCUGGAGAGUUGCUAUCACGAUUCUUCAAUCCUGGUGAUGCACCUGCGAACCGACGCGUAAAUGCUGUGCAGUUCAGUAGUGGCUCGAGAUUUCUUGCUUCAGGCAGCAAUGAUGGCUGCGUUCGGUUGUGGGAUCUCAAGACUCAAGAUGUCAUGCAAACGUAUAAUAUCAGUGCAAGCGCUGUCACGUCCGUAGCAUUUAGCGGAUACAAGGAUGAAUUCAUUGUCGGGGGUAGUGCAAGUGGGGCCAUCUCAGUGUGCGACGUCCAAACAGCAGAGACAGCAGGGUUCCUAACAGUUGAUCCGGCCCAUGGGGUACACAAAGUGAUGGCGAUUCAAGCCUCCCCACAUCCAUAUGCUCGACAUGCACUGGGAUCGACCUACUCGGAUGGAUCAGUUCGAGUAUGGGACUUGAGCACUGGACAACUGACUGCCGAGUUCGUUCGACAACACGAGGCACCAGCCACAUCAUUAACAUUGUCUCCAGUCAGUAAGGUUCUGCUCGCAACGGGUGGUUUUGAUGGUCGAGUGAUCUUCUACGAUACCCUACAGCGCAAAGAACUACGCUCUUUAGACUUGGAACAGCCAGUAUCAUCACUAACUCUGUGUGCGGAUGGCAAAACACUCGCAGUGGGGACGACAACAGGCGAGAUUCUAGUGUACGAUCUUCGAGGAGCCAUCACACCGUUAUUCUCCACCCUUGUAUACGAAACCUCAGCAGUUCAAUCGCUCCAAUUCUCACCACCUGCAUCGGAUGUCGUUACUACCGGUAUGAUUCCAGAAGGCGUCCCCGUUGUGUCGGCCGAGCACGCAUCACCUUGCAAAGGCAAAACACUACAAGAGAUCGCACUGCGGAAACUCGAAACACUAGGAAUGGGAAGCCCGACGAGGAAGUACCAGGAUCAACCAGGGGUUCACUCGUCACCAUUACCUUCUCCGACUCGUUUUGCAACUCGCACUGCAGAACCUCCCGAGCCUGCAUCUCCACAGUGCCAUGCAAAUGGGAUUAUGUCUCCAACGCAACCUUCAAGUCGGCCAUUUGCCAAUGCACGCACAGAGCUUACUACAGUCGAAGAAUCUAUGGAUGAGAGGGGACAGUCCGGGUCUCUUUCAGUAUCAUUCUUAUCCACAUUGUCACGAAACGUUCCGGAUCAAACGACCAAUACUUUCUAUACUGGAAGCUCUCCAUCCAAGCAACCGGAUUUCGUUAAAUCAAAAAUGCGAGCAGAGAUCCAACGACUUCGAGAGGAGAUGGAACUGCGACGCCAAGAGGAAGUAGACCAGCUCUCGACGUUGGUUGAAACCUUGAUGGACCGCUUUGACGCCAUAGUGGAGGAGAAUCGAUCGUUGCGCCAGGAGAACGAAUGGCUCAAGUCUCACGUGCCAGCAUCGUAGACCAGAAGAC